AUGGAGCUCCACCGCGGCACCAUUACACCGGAUUGCUGUGCUCAACAAAGAACAUAUGAGAAAUUUUUUGGCUUACUUGCUGGACGAUUUUGCAUGCUAAAAAAAGAAUACAUGGAAUCCUUUGAAAGUAUAUUCAAAGAACAGUAUGAUACCAUCCAUCGCUUGGAAACAAACAAAUUGAGAAAUGUUGCUAAGAUGUUUGCUCACUUUUUAUACACUGAUUCACUUCCAUGGAGUGUUCUUGAAUGUAUAAAACUGAGUGAAGAAACCACCACAUCAUCCAGUAGAAUUUUUGUCAAAAUAGUUUUCCAAGAACUGUGUGAAUACAUGGGUCUUCCCAAACUUAAUGCAAGAUUAAAGGAUGAAACCCUACAGCCAUUCUUUGAAGGGUUGUUACCCCGAGAUAAUCCAAGAAACACUCGAUUUGCCAUCAACUUCUUUACUUCUAUAGGUCUCGGAGGUUUAACGGAUGAAUUGCGUGAGCAUCUCAAAAACACACCGAAAGUCAUAGUGGCUCAGAAACCAGAUGUUGAACCAAAUAAGUCCUCCCUGUCGUCUUCGUCAUCAGCAUCCUCCUCGUCGGAGUCCGACUCCUCUGACUCUGACUCUGACUCUGACUCUGACAGCAGUGAUAGCAGUUCAGGGUCCUCCAGUGAGGAGAGCGAUUCUUCAUCCUCCGGGAGUCACAGCUCGGCCUCAGCUAAAGACAUAAGAAAGAAAGGACAAGGGAAGACCAGAAGAAAAGAAGUAAAUAAAUUGAUCAGGAGCCAACAUCCAAAUGACAGGAAGCAAGAAGAAGGAAGACAAGGACAAAGGCACCAAGAAACAAGGUCUGAGAGAGAAAGAAGAUCAGAAAAACACAGAGAUCAAAAUUCAAGAGAUCCAAAUUGGAGAGAUCCCAUAACAAAGUACACAUCAGACAGAGGUGUUCCUCCCGAACGAAAUAGUUAUGGUAGAAAUGGGAAUGACAGAGACCAAGAAAUGCAUAUGGAUUUGGAAAAGAGGCAUAGUGAUCCCAAAAAGAAGAGAGGAGAGAGGAGAAAUUAUGUUUCCGAAAGUGAAAAACACAGACACCAAAAUAAGGAUAGUGAACAUUUCAGAAGAAAAGAUAGAUCAAAGUCAAGGGAAAGAAUAAAAAAACACUCAGUUUCUAGAAGUGAUGAAGAUAGGUAUCAAAAUGGUGCUGAAAGACAAUGGGAAAAAUCUAGCAGAUACUCUGAACAUUCCAGAGAAUCCAGGAAAAAUCAGGAACGGCGGAGAGAGAAGUCUCCAACGAAACAAAAAUAAUUCUACAGAAUUAUAUAAACUGAACAUGCCUUAUAUUCAAUUGAAAAGAAGUAUUUUUACAUUGAUUGACAAACUUUAUACAGAAUUCUUAUACAAAGUACUAGUUUGUAAAUUUUAAGAAUUUUUUUUCAUUUCAACAUGUUUUAUAGUUUAUACAUCUCAAGGCCUUUUACUUAAAAUUAUUUGGAGAGAAAACUUUCAACUGAAAGGGGCUGUAAAUCUUGCUUCUAUUUUGUGAA